AAUUUUGAUGCAGUUUCAAGGUUAAUAUCAGCGUGUGGGUUCAUAUAAACAUGUUCAUUUAAUCGUCAUGUUAAAUGUUAUGAAACAUAUGGAUUAAUUGAAAAAAUAGUAGUUAUAAGUGCUUGACUACAGCUCAUCUCUAAAAUCAAAGCUUAUUGUUUUUAUAAAAAAUCAGAUAAAUAUGACCUGUAGAAUAGACUUGACUAAUCCAAUGGAUUAUGGUCCAGGUAAAACUUUACGUGGACAAGCUUUUUGUCAAUUUUAUGCAACUGAAACUUUUAAAGUUAUAAAGUGCAUUUUCAAAGGCAUAGAGAAAACAGCUUGGACCGAACGGAAGAGAGAGGGGAACAAAACAGUUACUCGUUACCACGAGGGAGAGAACACUUUUUUAUAUGCAGAAGCUCUUUUCGCAGAAAAUGGUCCACUUCCGCCAGGACCGUAUGUAUACCCGUUUGCUUUCAACCUACCAGGUAACAUGGCGAGUACCUACGAAGGUGUUCAUGGAAGUAUCAAAUACUACUUAACUUUGAUAGUAGAUAAAGGUAUUAUCAGUAACUAUAAAUAUGAAACAGAAAUACAAAUUAGAUCACCUGUUAAUUUCAAUUUGAUAAAGGAUAAAUUACAAUUGCAACCAACCAUUUAUAAAGAUGAAAAAGUUUUGUGUUGCUGUUGUUGUAAAAGUAGUCCUGUCACUAUGGACUUACUGUUUGAUAAAGAAGCUUUCAUUAUUGGGGAAGUAGCCAAAAUUCGAAUGAAAAUAGUUAACAUGUCUAAUACAACAAUACCAAAAGUGGUUAUGUUUUUACAACAGAAAAUUAUAUAUAAAUCUGAUAUGGGAUAUUCGACAUACGAUAUAAAUGAAUUAGCCACAGCAUCUAUAAGCGGAGUCGGUGCACAUGGAGACAGGAAUUACCUCUUCAAUUUUGAAAUACCUCCUUCAGCUAAUGUGCCGAACUUUACUGGAUGUCGUUUAUUUGAUACAAAAGUAUUCUUUACAGCUGAAGCUGUUAUCCCUGGUUUUCAUACAAAUUUACGAAUAGAUACUGAAACAAUAAUACUAGGUCAUAUUCCUCUUGAUAGUACUUCUUCACAAAUAUUUCACGAUCAAGAAACAGACCCACCACCUUACAAUCCGAAUGAGUACACCAAAAGUGACGGAACUGAUUCUGAGAUGAUUCCUCUUGUAAAUCAUGAAAAAUCGACUAAUUUACCAGUCAGUGCUCCUACUGAAGAUAAUAAUUCAUCAGCACCACAAAAACUUGAUGAAUCCAUGUGACAGUCAUGACAAAACAAGGUUCCAGAAAUUCCAACUUCGUCAUGAAACUGUGUUACAAGCACAACUGUGUUACACUUAGGAUGGAUGCGUCUUACUACGUUGGAGGAUGCAUGUGAUCUAGGUUCAAUUUGCACCAGGCCUCAUGUAAACUUCUCUAUUUAGAUAAUUGAUACAAGAUAGUUCAGCAUCACUGAUAUUUUUUCUUCAUGUUUGGUAAGUAUAUCUAUGGAGUCAUUCCACCAUUCACAUUCUUAUUAGGUACCUGUUGAUUUGGGUGUGGUAUAUGCGGCUGUAUUUUGAUAUUUUUAUAGAUAAUAUUAAUGAGCAUUAACGUGAUUGUUUAUCCAAGCUCUGAUUUUGCUUUUAUAUGAGUAUACCAAUUUUUGUGUUUUCAUUAAGAAUUUCUAAUAAAUAGUACAGAAGAAAA